CCGAGAAAUCGAACCACGGUCCGAGCCCAAGACUCGGCCAUUGACGGACAGUUUAGGGAUGCAUAUGAGGUGUGAUGACGGAUAUCGGUACUAGACGACGAUACAAGUAGACCGCAGGGCCCCAGCUUUCUCUGCGUUUGCAGGAUCUGCUACUUUCAAACCCCGAGCCCUGAGCGAGUUAUUGACCUUGAGCUUGCCAGAUGGCUUUGCGGAAGAUCGUCCUGGCGGCCAGCGCCGUCAUGGGCUCGGCAUGGGCUCUUUCUACCGAAGACAUGCUUGCGGCUCCGCGUCGCAGUACCGCCAACGUGAACCCCAGCGGAGAAAUCGCUCUCUUCUCCUCGACCCGUUACAACUGGACCACGCACAAAUCUAAGACAACCUGGCACAUCCUUGACAUUGCAAGCGGCAACAUCACCGAUGCGCCGUUUGACUCCGCCGUGUCCGAGGUAGUCUGGGUAGGGCCAGUGAAUACAAGUAUCUUGUACAUCAAUGAGACAAACGAGGAGGUUCCUGGAGGUGUGACGUUGUGGACUGCCGAUGUCCGUGAUUUUGCGCCUACGCUAGUCGCCUCUCUGAACGCGCCGUUCGCCGGUCUCAAAGCUGUCCAGACGAAAUCCGGAAACAUCAAUUUCGUCGUCAACACCAAAGCGUACUGGAACAACGGGUCGGCGUACAAUGAAGAACUCGCCAGCAAACCCCUGAGUAGCGGGGGCCUCUAUGACAACACCUUCGUGCGCCAUUGGAAUGAAUACAUUACACACGAGCGGUUUUCCAUCUUCAGCGGCGUGCUGACUGCGGAGAAGGCGAACGCGACUGGGAGUGGAAAGCUCAGCUUCAAUGGCAAGGUGAAGAAUCUUCUCUGGGGGAUUAACGCGACAGUCACCCGCCCGGAAACCCCGGUGCAGCCGUUCGGUGAUCAAGGCGACUACGACAUCUCUCCUGACGGGAAGACGGUGGCAUUCCUCACCAAAUCUCCACAUCUGUCCAAGGCCAACUAUACGGCCAGCUACAUCUACUUGGUCCCGCACGAUGGGUCGGAAGUCGCGGUCCCGGUUAAUGGACCAAACACUAGCGCUCCCAAGACUGCGCAAGGUGCCUCUGGGUAUCCGAGAUGGUCGCCCGAUGGAACGAAGUUGGCUUACGGGCAGCAAGACGGGAUCUACUACGAGUCCGACCGCUUCAAGCUAUAUGUCGCUACUGUCGAUGGGUUGAAGUCCGAAGUCAAAUCGGUGGCUGAAGAUUGGGAUUCCACACCAUCUGGUCUCGCAUGGGGCCCGGAGGGACACCUUUACGUCGCCUCAGAACUGAACGCCAUGAACCGACUCUGGGUCGUCCCCUACGAAGCCGAAGCUUCCUACAAACCCGAGAAUUUCACCGGUGAGGACACCUACGUGUCCGACUUCUCCGUUCUGCCCGACGGCUCGGUUCUCGUUUCCGCCGCAUCUGGCUGGACAAGCCGUAUGUUCUACGUGCAAAAACCGGGCUCCGAUAAGAAGGUCUUGUUCACUGCCAACGAAGUCGAUCCCGAGCUUGCCGGCCUCCAGGAAAACUCUACCACAUACUUCUGGUUCCAGAACAAGGAUGGCGAUAACAUCCAAACCUUCGUCUUCCUGCCCACCGACUUCGACCCCGCAAAGAAGUACCCUCUAGCAUUCAUCGUGCACGGUGGACCGCAGGUCGCACAAGGCGAUAACUGGAGCACAAGGUGGAAUCUGCGCCUUUGGGCGGACCAAGGCUUCGUCGUAACUACCGUGCAGUUCACAGGAACGCCGAGUUAUGGCCAGGAGUUUACGGAUAAAAUUGCGAAUAACUGGGGAGGGACGCCAUAUACGGAUCUUGAGGAGGCUUUCGAGUACAUGAGGAAGAACAUUCCCUACAUUGACACCGACAACGCUAUUGCUGCGGGUGCAAGUUACGGGGCCUUUAUGAUGAAUUGGAUCCAGGGCCACGCCCUCGGCAAGAAAUUCAAAGCCAUCGUCUCUCACGAUGGCAAGCUCAGCCAACGCGGCGCUUACGCCACCGAAGAACUCUGGUUCAUCCAAAAGGACCAAAACGGCACCGUCUGGGACAACCCCGAAAACUACGCCCUCUGGGAUCCCCUCGACUAUGUCGGCAACUUCACCACGCCCCAAUUCAUCGUUCAUAAUGACCUCGACUACAGAGUCGUUGUGUCCGAUGGGGUUAUGCUGUUUAAUAUCUUGCAAAGUCGCGGCGUGCCGUCAAGGUUUUUGCAUUUCCCGGAUGAGGGACAUUGGGUGUUGAAUCGGGAGAAUAGCCUGCUGUGGCACAAGUACAUCUUCAAUUGGAUCCGGUAUUAUACCGGCCAGGAUAAGGAGCUUAUCCAGGAUCCAGUGAUCAAGCAGUAGUGGGUUGGUUCACUUGCGCCACGAAAGGAGCAAACAUGACGCUCGCAUCGAGCGAU